CUGUUAGCUCGUUUCACUCGUUUCCAUCUUGUGAAGGUUGUUUUAUUUUUUAUUUCCACCGUGCACUGUGCUUUCCGGCAUUAAGCCUAGAUUGCUUCGUCUAGUGCACUUUUCUGCAGGAUACCAGUGAAAAAUUGCCUGAAAACGAUCAAAGGUGAUUUUCUGCCAGGCCAACGUGACGCAAAGUUGACGGAUCGGUUUGUUCUCCGAAGGUACCGUUCGUUCAAGCACCCUGUUGAGAAGAAGAAAUAAGUCAAAUUGUGAUGAGGUACACACUAUCAGUGCUCUAGGUUAGCCCCAUAUCCGCGAUUCACCGGUGACAACCGAAAGCGCACACGCAGUGAGUGCUGAGCUUACCUCUAACAAGUGUUUGGUGUGGGCUCCAAAUUAUUAGAAUUUCUAUUGAACAACAGUGAGUUUAUCGACGAGUAGUGGAUCGAAAAUCGAAACAAAUAGCAACACAUAUAGUGCGCCCAGUGCAUACAAGCAAAGAGAUUCUUUCUACAAAAUUAUGUCGAGUCAAAAGCAUCGCGUACAGGUACCCGACAAGCUAAGAGAUGUGCUGUUGGAGUUUUCGAUAGCCUACCUUCUCGAGCAGCCUGGAGAUGUCAUCGACUACGCGGUGGCGUUUUUUACUAAAAUGCAGGAAGACCGCAGAACAAUGAUGCAUGCAUCGGCCGAGCCAACUUCACCGGACGAAAGCAUUUUGUCGCACGAUGAAGAACCGCUAGUAAAUCGGUAUGCAUCACGUAGAAAAUCGGUGUUCGCAGAAACCUACGAUCCCGAAAACGACGAUGAAGACGAAGGAGCAAGAGCGAUAUUUCCCAAAACGGACGAGCAGCGGGCUAGAUUGUGUGAUUCGGUCAAAAAUAUUCUUCUCUUCCGAUCUCUGGACAAAGAACAGAUGAACGAGGUCCUUGAUGCCAUGUUUGAAAAAAUUGUUGAAGCUAAAGACUAUAUCAUCAAACUAGGGGACGAUGGGGACAACUUUUACGUGAUUGAAUCGGGAACUUAUUUCGCAUUCGUAGGUGAGGAACAGAAGCACAUACACACGUACGAUAAUAGAGGUAGCUUUGGCGAGCUAGCUCUGCUCUACAACAUGCCGAGGGCUGCCACCAUUCAAGCGCAAACAGACGGCAGGUUAUGGGCAAUGGAUCGUCAAACCUUCCGACGAAUCUUACUAAAAUCUGCGUUUAGAAAACGGAAAAUGUAUGAAGCUCUUUUGGACGCUGUUCCCAUGUUGAAAACACUCCAGAACUAUGAGAGGAUGAAUCUGGCUGAUGCUCUGAUACCGCAAACAUACGCUAAGGGUGAUCGAAUCAUCAAACAAGGCGAUGCUGCUGACGGUAUGUACUUCAUUGAGGAUGGUAAAGUAUCCAUCCGUAUUCAACAGGAUGCCGGCGAAGUGGAGAUCUCCAAUCUAGAAAAGGGAGGAUACUUUGGCGAACUUGCUCUAGUGACGCACAGGCCAAGAGCGGCGUCCGCUUACGCUGUCGACAAUGUGAAAGUAGCAUUUUUGGAUGUGGAUGCAUUUGAACGUCUUCUCGGACCCUGCAUGAACCUUAUGAAGCGCAACAUCGGAGACUACGAAACGCAGCUAGUGAAAAUCUUUGGCAGCAAAAACAACAUCACCGACAUUCGAUAAAGAGAAAUUCAAUAUUUUGCUAUCAAUAAGAAAUUUGCUAAGAAAAGAAUGACGAAAUCAUGAUCUUAAUCGUACACACAAUCGUCAAUAUUUAGGAUAACUAUCGUUUCCAGAAACAUUUUCCAGAGUAGAUGAUGCAAAAUGCGGAUUAUAAAACAUCAAAAAGUCACUCUUUAGUCAGAACCAAUUGGAAUGAUGUUUCACAAGUAUUCAAUAAGAAUAGUAACAAUGAAGUAAUUCAUCUGCUAAGCCCAGUUUUAGGUAAGAAGCGCUACAAUUUGUAUACACAGAGAAGCAUACAAAAUCAGGUAAAGGGGUUUACCGACUAUCCAGGUGUGAUCGAGAAUCAAAAUUUCAUCAAAGGUCAUCAAAGGGCACCAACGGAGAAAAUAUGAAAUAACGUAUCCAAACGUUAAAACCUUUUUAACAAUCAAUACCCAGCCUUGUCCCUGAUUGGUCAACAGUCGAUGCUUCUCAAGUAAGUGAUGAGCUUGAAGCAUUCUUCCUUCUACUAACCCUUCCAAUAUUGACUCAAUAACGUGUAAUGAUUAUCUAUGAUAUCAAGGAAAUUAUUUAAAAGGCGCCAGACGUUUCGAUCGAAUGUCAUGUAUAAAACUAAAGUUGAUGGAUAUAUACAAAUGUGUAUAAGGGAUGUCCCAAUGUAAACGGUACGUUUUUACGGGAGCGUGCUUUCGUUUCCAUUCUGUUCACCGUCCUCUAGCUCCCAAUUUGCAUCUUUAUUGAGUCACGCAUUUCGAGGCAUUGAGCUUAUUUCUAUGUGGUUGUUUUUACAUUUGUAAUCUUUUGUUCGCAAAUACAACAGAUAUCAAAUAAAAAAAUACGACACACUUUAAGCAAUUAAUUAGGAAAAAUGUAGAGGAUGGCUCAUAUUCAUGUGCAUGUAACUCUCUUGAAGAUGGUCAUAACGUGGGUCAUUAUAUUAUGAAAGCCAAACUAUGUUACUGUGGUGAUCAUACAGUCAUACUUUCAACCAGCUGUUUAAAUACACCCAAUGCAGAUUAUUUGAAAUAUUUCUUUACAUAAAAAUAAUUUGACCAAGAUUGAACCACUGUUCAGUAAAUUACUUUUUGUAUACAGUGUUUUACUUUCUUCAGCACUUCCUCAUUUAUACACAUAUUAUACCGAUCAAAAGUCUCCGAACAAUGCAACUGCAGCAAUGCCGAUUCCAAUCCAUCAAAACGUAUUCAUUUUGAUUAAAUUAUAUAAAUACGAAAGAAUCAGAAAAGAAUAGAAUUAAUAAACAUAAACCAGCAUGAUGUUACACAAAUACAGGAUUAUUUCUGCAGUACUAUUUAAACACCACGCUUAAACACUCUUGAAACUAAUUCACAGAAAAAUCCAAGUCGCACCCAGGCAUAAAUAAGUUAAACGAUGUAAUGUUAUAUUUGUCCCCAUCUCUAUCAUGAACAGAUCCUAGAACCUGUCGAUUCUUGCAUUGAUCGGAGACUAAUGUGGAUGUAUUUCUUUACCACGUUAUGGGGUAGUCUUUCAAUGCUGCUAGCGCAUGCUUGUUGUCUGAAAUUUUGGUUUGACAACGAUUAAUAUUGUUAAGAAUAUCAAAUGCAAAAAUAAUUUGUCAUCCAUUGGUUGUUUGGCCGAGACUGCUGCUGGUCGGUUUAUAAUUUAUACCUAAUUUAUUGUUUGUUUUAUAUUCGCCAUUUAGUAAGACAUGUUGAGUGUAUGCUUAAGACGAGUUGUUAUUUAAAAAACCUAAAACGAAACGAUUUGGUUUUGUAGAAGCUCAUUAAUUACAAUAAAAUUUCGUUUAGUCAAAAUAGAACUACAAAUGAAACUAUAAGAGAUCAGAGAUGUUAGAUAAUCAGAAGUACAGAAUGCGUACAAAAAAGCUAACAAACUCUGCUUUAUACUGGAACAAAGAGAGAGCCCGAUUGCUUUAAUGUAGGACACGUGCAAGCACAAGCAGAAGGCAAUAUUGCAAAGAAAAAGGAGCCAUAAAAUUUUAAAUUUUAACUUAGCCCAUGUGACACCGGCGCAUCGUACUAGAAUAUCAAACGAAAACACCUAUGAUAAAAUGUAAAAAAUGCAGCAGAUUGCUUUGAAAAUAUGUAAAAACAGAACAAAUGAUGUAUUAUUUUGCACGGAGUACUUUGACCACUUUGUGCAUGAAGUGUCAAGCGCGAAGUUAAAGAAAAACUAACACACUGAGGCGUACUUAAUUAGAAACAUAACGGCGUCUGAAAGUACUGCUAGAAAGUGCAUAGCACUUAUAAAAAGGCAAACUAAUCGGCCCCUUCUCCUAUUGAAUAUCUACACUGAUGAAACAACUAAACUCGAUGAUGUCGCCAAUAGUCCAAUAAAAAUAUCUGUUUGUUAAAAGGAUCAAAAAAAUCAAAACACAAAAAUGUAUUAUUAAAAGAGGAGAGCUUACCUAGCGAUAGUGUGGUUUGAUUAAUACAAUGCUUCUUUGGCCAGAUAUUAAUUUAUAACGGUCAACAUAUCAACUGUGGAAAGAUGCAAAACAUUCGAAGUAUAUGUAAGUUCGCGCAAACAAUUUGCAAAACAUUGCACUUAAUUAGUAUGCCGUGCGAUCUUGCUCUUUUAGAUAAUAAUUGACCCCUUUCAAUACUAUUUGUCUAGACAAGUGAAGAAGUUUGUGGAAGGUUUGAAAGAAGAAGAGAAGUUCGUUUCGCUGAAAGUGUAAAUUUACGUGUUCAUCAGACAUGUUCUUUUGCUCGAAUGAAAUGUGUCGUCAUGUCGUGAGGCAGUGAUGAAAGAACGUAAUGUGAAAUGUUUUUUUACAUCCAAUGGUCAUGCAAUAAAGUGUUGCGUUUGCUUUUUCCAUAAACCAGUUCGUGUUUGGAAGAAAUGUAAAAUGGUUUAUUUUAACCAAAAGUUCUUUCUAUUUAUGUGUCUAGAAUGUUCCGAUUAUUGAUCCAUAGAUUAUU